AUGGGGAGGUGUGCGAGGAAUGAGGGGGAUAAAGGAAAGCCGAAGAUCCUCGAAACGACGGGGGCUUCUGGCGCAGAAAACCCAUGGGAGACAUGGGGACCAUCAUCUCCAAUGACUCCAACUGCCUCGAGAUGCCUAGAAGUUACCCAUGUGCGCUGUCUGAACGGCCGCCAUGAUGGAAGCGAGGCAGACGAACAAGACGAAAACGGGAAAACUGUGUGCAGCUCGCCCUCUCCUCUCGCCCUUGGCGCCCAUGUCGUCGCAGCCCAGACUCGCAUCAGCAGUUGUGCAGGUCCAUUGGAUGGGGGCCGGGCGCUGCGGGCUGGAAGUCAGGGCCAGUUCCGCCGAAUUGGACAGUCAGGUUGGCCGCCGAGACCAUGGCAAACACCCGCCAAGGCGAUUGAGGAAGUGAAGGCGGGGGAAUUGCAGCUGUGGUUGGGCGGCAAGAGGAAGCAACCGUCGAACCCUGUCACCCAUCUCCCACGAGUGCGGCCAAUCAUAGGCGUCACAGUGGGCGGUAAACCGCGCCCCACAGCGGCCGACCUCGUCUCUGCCGAGCAUGUUUCCCCAGCACACCUAACCUCGCCUUCCCGCAGGUAA